AUGUAAGAUUUCUUAAAGAAGGGAAUUAUGGAAAUCAAGAAAGAAAAUUAUUUUGACAUUGGUGAGCAGCAAAUGGUUGGGUAAUUUGAGAUAGACAUUAGUGAUUAGCUUAUUAGGGAUUAUAGAUCUAUAGCAGGCUUAAGUAAUGAGGAUAUUAUAAAAGAAAUUUAAUGUAAUCUCCCGAAAUACUAUAAGUUUAUUGCUGGUUAUGGUACAUGCAUUGGUGUUUUUGAGAAUAAUUUGGUAGCUCUUGAGGCCAUUGUUAAAUAGUUAUCAAUCAAGGAUAAACAAUCCUUACCUAUUCUAGUUUGUCAGAAAAUGUUAGGAGGAGACUCCCCAUUAGAUUUUUCAAUUAAAGCUCAUCAGCAAAAGAUAAUCAACUUGAUUCUUUCAAUGAUAAUAAAGUAUCAAGAUCACAUUGUGUUUAACUAGCUUGUAGACAAGAACUUCAAUGAGCUAAUUAUCCAAUAAAUAGAUUUGCAAGAAUACUUUGAAAGCAAUCUGCCUAUUUAUUAAAUACUUGAUUCUAAAUUUCCUUGCCAACAUCAUGAUGAUUAAGAGUUGAUUGUGGGAAUAUCUUUAACAAACCCGAAAGAAGUUCAUGAAAAAUAUGAUGAAUUAUUUGGCAGUAAAUUGUUAUAGAAAAAUGGAAAUAACAACUCUCAGGUUUCAAUUGAAUAUCAUUUGAUCAACUUGCCAAUAACUUUGCAAUAUAAUCCUUUAGAGCUAAUGAGAGUAUUAAGCGCAACUGAAAAGUUCUACAUAUACCUAAUCUUCUUGGCUUUUUUUAUAUUUGAUACUUUCUACUCAACUUAUUCAUCAAAGGUUUCUAAGGAGGAUUAUAAUUAAAAUCAAGGAUUGAAAGAGUCUGAAGCUUAAUAGCCUAAUAUAUGGAUCAAAAUUUCAACAAAAGCAAUUUGUACAUUUGUACUUAUUUAUUUCUUGAUUUAUGAGGUUUAAUAAGUAAUCAUAUAAAGAGGAAAUUACUUUGAUGAUGGAUGGAAUUACUUUGACUUCUCUCAUAUUGCAUCAUUUACAGUAUAUUGCAUUCUUGAUUUUACCGCAGAGAACCAAGAUAAUCUCAUCUUGAUAAAAAUUCUUGUGAUAAUACUUUCUUUUAUGAAGUUAUUUUUCUUCUUAAGAAUUUACGAUGGUUUUAGCUUUUUAGUUUAAAUGAUGGGUGGUGUCUUCAAAGAUAUUAAGUACUUCCUCAGUUUCUUUUUAAUUAUGAUCUUACAAUUUGGAAUGAUAUUCUUAGUACUCUUUAAAGCAGACUCAAUUGAGGAAUACAAUGGUGUUAACUAUUUUGCUUACUUUUUAAUGGCUUUCAGAAUUUCAUCUGGAGAUUUUAAUGUCGAUAAUUAUCAAAAAUAAGGUGAAAUAUUGGUAAUUUUUUCUUGGAUUAUCUGGUUGAUAGCUGUCAUGACUUUGAAUAUUGUGUUUAUGAACUUUAUCAUAGCUGUGAUAUCAGAGUCUUAUGAAAGAGUUAUGUAAAAGUUGGUUGCUGAAUCAUUUAAAGUAAAAGCUCAUAUGAUAGUUGAAAGAGAGUAGCUAUUUACUUAAAAUGAAUUAACAUAAUAAGAGCAUUUCCCAAAUUUCAUUGUUGUUAGAAGACCCAUUAACAAUGAUGCAAAUGAAGCUGGGGAAUGGCAAGGUUUCAUUAAAGAUCUUAAAUAGACCAUUAGAACUUCUGCUGCAAAGACUAAAGGAGAGAUUAUCUAGAAUUUGCAUUCAAUUGAAACUCAAAACAAUUAAAAUAGUGUCUAGCUUGAGAAAAUUUAAACUAAUGAAGAGCAAUUAGCUAAGAUUUAACUGGAAUAGCUUGAUAGCAGGAAGGAAUUUUAAUAAUUUAAAGAGACAAUUACUUCUCAAGUUAAAGGACUUAAUGAUGAUAUGAGUUUUAUCAAAAGCUCUUUAAUUUCCAUACUCGAAAAAUAAAGUCAAUGA